AUGUCAAUUGAAAACAUAAAUGUUAUAUUUGAGGAAUUAAUUAUUCUUUAUCCAUCAGAAAAAGAAUGGAUUUUAGCACUACAAAAGUGUUGGUUAGCAUCUGAAAAUAUGAAAGAAAAAAAUUACACUGCUGCAUUAUCUAACUAUAGUGAAGCUCUCACUAUUUGGUACAAAUUCAUUGAUGAUGAAGAAUUAAACUGUUUCAUUGAUAUUGGUCUUAUACAUCAAACUCUUGCUUUAUGUUACCAAUAUGAUAUUAAAGAUCAUAGUCUAGCUGAAAAAGAAUAUUUAGAAGCUAUUCAAUAUUUCAAAAUUGCACUGAAUAAAGCCACAACCGAUUACGAACGUAUGAAAGUAUAUGAGAAAUUAUCAUACUUGGAAAAACAUCGAAUACAAUUGACUGGUUAUGAUUCUACAAAUAUGGAGAUGAUAUACAGAUAUGAAGAAUUGAGUAUUGCAAAUAUGUUACACUAUUAUAUCGAUGAUAAAGUGAAACUUGGACAUACAUUACAACAAUUAGCUAAUCUAAAAAAAAUUCAACAUGCAUAUGAUGAAAGUUUAGCCAACUAUGAAAAUGCUCUAAAUAUCUUUCUUGAGCAACCGUUUGAAUUUGGCUUCUAUCUGAAUAUUUGUAAUAUUAUUAAUGAAAUGGUGGACAUUUAUACUCAACAGAAGAAUUGUGAUUAUUCAUCAAUUAUUAAAUAUGAAUUAAUUAAACAUAAAUUAAUUCACAAGCACUUUAUAUACGUUGAAAUGUUUCGUGAAAACAUGAGAUGUAUUAGUCAAUAUGAUCUAGCACGAAGUCAUAUUGAAUUAGCUGAUAAAUAUAUGGCUAUACGACAACAUGCAAAAGCUCGUAUGCAUUUAAGAUUGGUACUAGCAAUCUAUCGUAAAUGCAGUGAUAUUAAUGUUCAAGAUUAUGUAGAUAUAAAACAUAGUCAAUUGCAAGAAAAACUAGCUGAUUUAGCAGUUGAAUUGCAUCAGUAUAAUAAAGCUUAUCAAUUUAUAAAAAUGUCAAUGAAAUGUUUAGAAGACCAGAAACAUAUAUUAUGGAUUGAAAUGGAUAAGAUUAUCAAAAACACUGCUAAAUACAUGAAAUAUAUGCAAGAAUGGGAAAUAUUGGAAACUCGAAGACAAUUGUUGCAUAAUAAAAUGAGUUAUAUUAAGGAACUGAUUGCAAAUUCAAAUGUAGCCAAAAAACACUUUUAA